AUGUAUAUUCAGUGUAUACUAAUAUUUGUAUUUUCCUUUAUCUGUUGUGAUUCGUUUACGAUUUACAAAAAGUCGGAUCAUCAAAUAGCCGAAAGUGAAUCGGUAUUGGAUCCAAACGGAGAUUUAUCGAUAAAAUGGCGAGUUAAUUACUCAAUUAAAAAAAUUCACUUUGAAGUUCGGCUUUCUGAAAAAGCCCCGUCGGUGAAUUGGUUUGCAUUGGGAUUCUCAGAUCGAGGGGAUUUCGAAAAUGCUGAUUUAUGCUUAGUAUGGACGGAUUAUAAUGAUAUUGAUCAUUUCGAGGAUAUGCACUCGGACGAAAAAGGAAAACUAUUACGUGACGCUAAUCAAAACUGCGACGCUUUUCACGUCAACGCUAAAGGUCGUUGUUUAACUUUUGAACGUUAUUUUGACACAUGCGACGAUAACGAUUAUGUUAUUGAGGAUGGUACAGUACAUAUUAUCUGGGCCCGUGGUACAGAUAAGCUUUUUUCAGCGAAAGGCCUAUGUCUGAAUUGCACCUCCCCUCACGACCACGGUUUCAUACGUGUUCGACUGCUAACUCCAACUGGAAUAUCUCAAGAAAAAGCUGAAGAACUCUCCAUCACGAACAAGAACCUCAAAGUACCGAGUUCUGAUACGACGUAUUGGUGCAAAGUUGUUAAACUUCCAGAAUUCGUUACGGAGAAAGUGCAUCAUAUUAUCAGGGUAAGGAAUGGAAAGCAAAUUUUGCAAGCAUCGGUGUUUCUGGUCGUCGGCAAUGAAGGACUGGUGCAUCACAUGGAGGUUUUCUACUGUGAUUCGGAUCCUCAGCAGGAAAUACCGCUCUAUGAAGGCAACUGUUUUGCACCGGAUCGACCAGAGACUACUAAAGUGUGCUCAAAGGUCAAAGCUGCAUGGGCCAUGGGAGCACCACCUUUUGUAUACCCGAAGGAAGCUGGUCUACCACUUGGUGGAAGAGCUGCAAACAAAUACGUCAUGCUAGAAGUACAUUAUAAUAACCCGGAAGUCAAAGAUGAUUGGAUAGACAGCUCCGGAAUCACUCUUCAUUUGACAGCUAAUAGACGAGAAUAUGACGCAGCUAUCAUGGAGUUAGGCCUUGAAUAUACGGACAAAAUGGCAAUCCCGGGUGGGCAACACGCCUUCCCCCUUACCGGAUAUUGUAUACCACAGUGUACUGGAGUGGGUCUUCCAAAACAAGGUAUCGUUGUAUUCGGAAGUCAACUUCACACACAUUUGACCGGUGUUGCCGUCUGGACCAGACAUUUCAGACAGGGAAUCGAACUGCCUGUUCUCAAUAGAGAUGUUCAUUAUUCAACACAUUUUCAGGAGAUAAGGAUCUUGCAUCGGCAUGUAAGGGUUUUGCCGGGUGAUUACUUAAUGACGACCUGUUUAUACAACACAAUUGGCAAGGAAAACGCAACGAUCGGUGGUCACGCGAUAACAGACGAAAUGUGCGUUAACUAUAUGCACUAUUACCCAGCUACUGAAUUAGAAGUCUGCAAAAGCGCUGUUUCGAACGCCGCUUUAGAAAAAUAUUUCAAAUUUGAAAAAAGAUGGAACAAUAUGCCUAUAUCGUAUAAAGCAUCGCCUCGUGCCAACUAUUUGUCGAUAAAACCAUGGACUCCCUUAAGAACAAAUACCUUAGACAUGUUGUAUAGUGAGUCACCUAUCUCUAUGCAGUGUAAUAAAUCUGACGGUAAUCGUUUCCAGGGUGAUUGGGAAGGAAUAGACAUACCAAAGAUCAAACGCCCCUUGAAACCAGUGCUAAGACAAUGCCCAAGUUAUUAA